CACACACACACAUGAACACACACCCUUACAUAAAGUCGGUCGGCCAGGAGGAAUCCAGUUCAGACUGGAGCAGGAGGGAAACGUUUUGACUGGUCGCAUUGUAACGGCAUGAUUCGACUGAGUUUUUAAUCUAACUUUGCGGAGAUCUUUAUAGAUCUCAAGGCCUUUUGGUGGACCUUAAGUUUUAAUUGACUUUCUUUAUCAAAACUCCUUCAGUUUGGGAGCCCAGUUAACACUCUGACAGUUUAAUAACUUACAGGUCAGUGCUUCUCAGGCUUUGGCCAUGAGUUUUUUCGGGUAUCGCCGAGAGCUGAGUAAGUACGAGGACGUCGACGAGGACGAGCUCUUGGCGUCGCUCAGCCCGGAGGAGUUGGCCGAGUUGGAGAAGGAGCUGGUCGACAUCGACCCUGACGCCAACGUGCCCAUCGGACUCAGACAGAGAGACCAGACAGACAAAACCCCAACGGGUACUUUCAGCAGAGAGGCCCUCAUAAAGUACUGGGAGAACGAGACCCGUAAACUUUUGGAAAACGAGAUAGCAGGAGGGAGCCCCAAACUGGAUGACGAACAAGAAGACGAGUGUCUGACAGAAGAAAGCAGUGAAGAGGAGGAAGAAAAAAAUGACGAGAGCGAAAAGGAAAGCAAAAGGUCAGAAAAUUCAAAGGGGGAAGAUCACAAAGAGGAAGACAGUGAAGAAGAAGAGGAAGAAAGUGAGGAAGAGGAGCCUGUAACAGAAGAAGAUGACGAUGACGCUGAAACGGAUGAAGACAAACAAGACAAUGUAGCAAAACCUGAACCCUUGAGAGACUCAGUGGAUGCAGUCAGACCGACACUAUUGAGGCCUCAAAAGGCGGAGCCUAUGAGGCCUCCAGUGGACCUAAACGCCAGUAGAAACCCUACAGUUGUUGAUGACGCGUUGCAACGAGCUCAUAACGACGACUCCGAACUCACUGAGGUGAAUCUGAACAACAUUGACGACAUCACACAGGAAACUCUAAUUCGAUUUGCUGAAGCACUAAGAGCCAACACCCACGUGCGAGUCUUCAGUCUUGCGAACACGCGGGCUGACGACCACGUCGCUCUGGCCAUCGCUAAGAUGUUGAAGGAGAACGCGUCCAUCACCAGCCUGAACAUCGAGUCCAACUACGUGAGCGGGAAGGGAGUGAUGGCGUUGGUCCAAGCACUUCCAGGCAACAACACCUUGACCGAGCUCCGCUUUCACAACCAGAGGCACAUGUGUGGAGGACAGGUGGAGAUGGAGAUGGUGAAGAUCCUGAGGGAAAACCACACUUUGAUCAAGCUCGGUUACCAGUUCAACCUGCCCGGUCCCAGGAUGAGCAUGACUGGGAUACUGACCAGGAACCAGGACCGUCAGAGGCAGAGACGGCUGCAGGAGCAACGGCAGCAGCAGCAAGACGGAGCUGUAAACCCAAGAACCUCUGCGCUGAGAGGAACACCCAGUUCGUCGCCCUACUCUUCGCCCAGAGCCUCACCUUGGUCCUCACCCAAACUAACGGCUAAAAAACAGACUCCGCUGCCUCCUCCUCCUCCACCUCCGCCCCCACCUCCUCCGCCGCCUCCUCCUCCGCUUCUCCCGCCGCAACAGGAGAAGAAGAGGCCCACGCGGAUGAUCGCGGAGGUCAUCAAGGCCCAUGAGGCGGGCAGCAAGAAGGUCACCAAAGCCAAAGGGAAGAAGGGCAAAAAGAGCAAGGCGAAAGAGACGAAGGGGGAGACAGGCUGCAUUCUGAAGGAGCUCAAGAACGCCCUGAGGCCCGUGUCGGCCGAGAGGAGGGCGGAGGAGGGCGGCAGCAGGCCAUCCACGCCGAUGAGGUCCGCCCACGAUCAGCUAAUGGAGUCCAUCCGCAGCAGCAGCCUCAGGAACCUCAAACGGGUGGAAGUUCCACAUCAUCUACGAUAAGGAACGAAGAGAUUGGCCCUGCGAGAUAAUGGCGGCGACAAUGACGACGGCGAUGGAGACAAAUUGGAUUUCUUACUCUGUGAAAACGGGAAGGUGUACUGGAAAUUUGCACUCAAAAUUCUGAACUAUAUUUUGAUAUUUAAAGAUACAGUCCCCCCAUCCCCUUUUGCUAAAAUUAAUUCCUAAUUGUGUCAGAUCAUCAAACAAAUUUUAAGAUCAAACACAAGUAUCCUGAGUAAAUACAGAAUGCAGUUUCCAAAUGCAGAUUUUAACACCUAUUAGCAAACUUCAGUUUGUUAGAAGAAUUACCUAUCUCUAAGAGUCUAAGAGCCUAUGGCCUCCACGUCACCAGGGGGCACCCAAGAGCAAUAAACUAGCAUGAUAGGAAAAAAUAUAUUUAAAAAUAACAUUGAAUAAUGCAAACUUGUAGAUAAUAAUGAUUAAUCUCUUCCUGUUGGCUGCUGCCACUUUUGGGAAAUAUAGGACAUUAAAUUUAGUAUUUAUCAGUUGAUGUUACUUUCAAAAUAAUUAAAAUAAAAAGUCACAUUUAAAUACCACUCUCUGCAUUUUAAAACCCAAAUGUUUUUUUUGUUUUUUUUUUUUAAAUUUGUUACUCCUGUAAGUUUGAUAGCAAUAGUCAUAAUAGUACUGGUAUAUUGUACGUUAAUAACAAAUGAUGCUAAUGAUAGCAGGUAUUUUACACACAUAGAGUAGUUUAGGGAUUAUAAAUCAUCUGGUGUUGACAUGCUGGUAUGGGGCCCCCCAGAAAAAGCUGCUUAGGGCUCCAAAAAGGCUUGGACCGGCCCUGGUGAUGAGUAAAUUUUAACUUUUUUGAAGGUGUUUUUACCCUCAAUCAAUUUUAUUCCAGUUUUGAAAGCAGCAUUUUGUAUCUACUCCGGCUAUUUUAGUCUGAUGAUCUUAAUCAUUAAAGUGUGACAAAAAAAAAAAAAAAAAAGCAAAAUGUCUUGCUUUAGCUUUCACUCACAGUAGAAAGUGACAUGAGUUUUCUUAUUCUUGUUUACUGACAUUUUCUAAAUGUCUAUUUUCAUGUAAGACUGUAAAUAUGAUGUGUGUGUAUUAUUUUUGGUUGAAAUAUGUGUUCGUUUCUAAAUAUAUCCAUUUACUUACCUGCA